AUCGUUAUCUUAGAAGUUUGUCAUCAGACAUUAUUGUAAACACGACAGCAAUCUCGAAGAAAUAAUGACGAAACAUUCAAUUUUCAACACGAUGUAAUUCCAUUAUAAAUUGUUUAGAUGGGUUGGAAGAAAGUCAAGAAAUGGUUUCCACGGUUGAUCGGUGUAAUAGCCUCCCUGAGUGCCUUGUGUAUAGGCAGCGGAGAUGGACUGGAAGAAGAUGGAGCAAAAAACUCAAAUGUAUUUAGUAAUACUUGCAAACCUAUAAAAAAGGACAACUCUCAUAUGUUUGUUAGUACAUUGGAUGGUAGAUUAUCUGCGUUGGAUAUCCGUAAUGAUGGCGAGCUUCUGUGGUCUGUACAGGCUGAUGCACGUCCCCUGUUGUCUUCAAGUAUAGGAAAACUUGAGUUGAACAGAAAUGGAGUAAGAACAAGACUAAUACCAUCUUUAGAUGGAGGUUUAUAUCAGUAUGAUGGUGAGAGUAUUGAAGCUGUACCAAUGACAGCAGAGAAACUGCUUAGUUCAACUUUCCGUUUAGAUGAUAAUACUAUGAUGAUAGGAGGAAAAGAUAGUAAAUCAUAUGGUGUUGAUGCCAAUACUGGCCAGGUUCGCUAUGUGUGUUCUAUGGAAGGGUGUAAAUUUCUGGGUGAUGGAGAGGUAACUGAUGAUGAAGAUGUUAUUGUUAUAAAACGUAAUACACAGACAGUUAGAGCUGUGGAUGCUAGAUCAGGUGUAGAAAGGUGGAACUUUAGUGUUGGAAAUCAUGAGUUAGAUUUUGUAGAUGGAACACCACCUAUCCCUAGAGUUGAUGAUGAAGAUGAUGAUGGUAUAACAAUAACAACCUGUCAACAUCAAGGUGAUCACAUAGAAGAAGAUGAACAAUUUAAUACUGAACAUCAGGAUGAAGCCUUGAAGAUAAUUGUUCCUGAAGGAAGAAUUGUUGCUCUUAACCCUGCAGAUGAAGCACAUAUCCUUUGGCAGCACAAGUUCUCGAGCCCCGUAACAAAUGCUUGGAUACUUAAGAAGGGCAUGAUGAAACGUGUGAGUUUAUUUGAUAAUCGACAUAUUCCUGCUUUAUCAUCAUUUACACCUGAAGGCACAGAAGAAUUAGAUGAUGUACCAAAAGAACCCUUAUUAUAUGUUGGUAUGCACCAGAAUCAGCUGUAUGUACAACCAUCAAUAACUUUAACUGAUGAUGAGAGAAAUUCAGACAUUUUUGUUGGUAAUCCUGCAUUACCUCAGAUUUCCUGGAGACCAUAUCUUAGCUCUUCUACUUCACGAACACCAAUCUUUCAUGGAAACCACAAAGAUAAAGUACCUCUUCUUGGUGACAAGUCAACAGAAAGUGGAGAUAAGUCAUUGAUAGUGUGGCAUGAACAUUAUCCCUUUGAUAAUGGGUAUUAUUUAUAUCCUGAUGUGACACCUUUACUGCCAGUAAAAAAUUUGACACCCGAGGCUGACAGUAUAAUGUACAUUCCACAAUCACUGCAUUAUUGGUGGAAAGAAGUCAUUGCCAUCAGUCUAAUAACUUCAGUAGUUCUACAUGUGAUUCUUAAUAAAUUUGUAAAAAAGGAUUUACCCAAUCAGCAAAGUGGAAGUAGUAGCAAUGAUAUGAUUAAUACAAGCCAAAUGCACAGAACUGAUUCAGAGAAUUCAGAAACACAUUCAGAAUUUGCAUCCAGGUUUUCAUCAGAAUUUGAGUUUGUACAUAGUUUAGGCAAAGGAGGUUUUGGAGUUGUGUUCGAAGCUAAAAAUAAAAUUGAUGAAUGUCAUUAUGCUGUCAAAAGAAUUACUCUUUCCAACAGUGUUGGAGCGAAAGAUAGAGUUAUGAGAGAAGUACGAGCCUUGGCCAAACUUGACAAUCCUGGAAUUGUACGUUAUUUUAAUGCUUGGAUGGAAAAUCCUCCUUUGGGCUGGAUAGACAGUCUAGAAAAAUGUUUAGAAGAUAGUGAAUGUUUUACACCAACGCCUUGUAAUUCUGGUACUGACCUUUGUUCACUGCCACUAAAACAGAAUAGAAUGUUUGUUUUGGGUUCAUCUGCUACGGAAUGGGGAGUAAAGUGUGGAAACUCUGCAACAUUUGAGGUUCAUGGUGGUGAUGAUUUGUUAUUAACAGAUGAAAGUGGAUCCUAUAGUAUUGGAACUUGUGAUAGACGUAAACAUUCUGAUGUCAACGAAGAUUCUUUUCAAAUUGAAUUCGCAAACUCAUAUUCUGAAUCAAAUAAUAGUUCAUCACGAGCAAAAGCUUGGGAAGAUACAGAAUCUUUUGAAAUACCAUUCCAGAAUUAUCAGGACAAAAAUAUGUCGAACAAUGAUAAUUCUUUUUCAGUUGUGUUUGAAGAUUCUGGCUGCCGUGAUAAAAGCAGUAAAGGAUCACAAAGCACUGAUGUACUUAGAUCUCAGGAUAAUGUAUUAUAUAAACCGGACUCGACUUGUGAUAAAGAUACAAAUGACAAUGAAGCUUUGAAAAAAGUUGUUGUACAGAAAUCAAAUGCUGGUGGAAAUCUGUAUCUCUAUAUACAAAUGCAACUGUGUCGUCGAGAAACAUUGAAGGAUUGGUUAUGUGCAAAUACAUUAAAUCGUGAUAGAGAAACAGUAUUGGAUAUUUUUGAUCAAAUAGUUGAAGCUGUGGAUUAUGUUCAUAAAUGUGGAUUAAUUCAUAGAGAUUUAAAGCCAUCUAACAUAUUUUUCUCCAUUGAUGGUGCUAUAAAAAUUGGUGACUUUGGUUUGGUAACCGGUUUAGAAAAGCAAAGUGAUGAAUAUUUUCAAGCUGUUAAAGAUGGCUCUGUUGUUAAACAUACAGCAGAAGUGGGGACACAACUUUAUAUGAGUCCCGAACAGGUUGCAAGAAGUGUUUAUGACCAUAAAGUUGAUAUUUUCUCAAUGGGAAUGAUUCUAUUUGAGUUGUUUUAUCCAUUCUCCACUCAGAUGGAACGGAUAAAAACAUUGGUGGAUGUAAAAAAGCAUGUCUUCCCUCAGCGCUUUAUUAAAGAGAUGCCAAAUGAGAGUAAAUUUGUAAAGUGGCUAUUAGCCUUAAAGUCCCAUGAACGGCCUACUACAUCUCAGAUAUUAGAUAGUGAACUACUAAAAGACUUUGCAUGCCGUAGAAGUUCAAACAGAUUUCGCAGUAGAACAAUAUCGGAUGAUAGUUCAUCAUCAGUUAAAGCUUCCUGAAUUAACAUUUUCAUUAUUCAUUUUCAUGUAAUUAUUGUACCAUAAAUUAUCCUAGUUACUGUUAUUUAUAUUGUUAUAUUACAGAUGUAAAUAUUGUUUAUUUUUCAUACAGUGAUAUAGAACACUAAAUGGGAAACCUGGAGUAUGUUAUCGUUAAGCUGUUCCAUAUUAAGAAAUCAAUGGCUAUUUAUUAUUUAUCUCAACAUUCCUUAAUUAGGGUUCAGAUUACUAGUAUUGUAAGUAAAUAUUUGCAUCAUGAAAAAUUUUGCUUGUUUAAUUUUCCUGAAUCUCAAUAUUGCAUGGGUUCAUAAGCAGUUGAAUAUGGUAUAUUCGAUUUUUACGUCUUUAAUUUGUUUAUUUAACUAAUGAAUUAUUGAUUGUUUAAUUUUGUUUUUUGAUAUAGUAUUUUUGAGCUAAAUAUUCCUGAAUAUUGACUUGGAUUAAACAGAAUUUUAUAAUUUAACUAAUGAAUUAUUGAUUGUUAAAUUUAGUUUUUUGAUAUAGUAUUUUUGAGCUAAAUAUUCCUGAAUAUUGACUUGGAUUAAACAGAAUUUUAUACCUUUUGAGUUAAUGGCUAAUGUUAAGCAAAGUCAGCUAUCAGGAACAGAGGAUUCUGACUUCAGUUUAUUUUUAAGUGUGCCAUAAUAUUACUGUGCCAUUUGCCUGUAUAAUUGGUAGACAAGUUUGUCUGAUUCGGAUAAGACCCUGUGUGGUGCUAGCACCAUGGGGUAGAAAUCAAGACAUGUACAAUGUACUUUCUGGAAAGGUUACAUAACUAGACAUUUCUGAUUGAAAAUUUAUGAACCAAGUGCUUGUGAUAAUAGUGAUUUCACUCUUUAAUAUAAAUUAUUGUCCAUGCUAAUGUACCAUACUGCCAUUAUGUAUGUGAGAGAAAAAUUCAAUGUAUAAAAAUGGAAUAAAAACCUCAGGUGUUGA